AAUAUUCGAAGUGUUGUCGCGUUUAUUUCGAAGCACUCGCGUUCUUUUCUAUAAUUCAAACAAGUCACCUAGGCAAUUCUAAGUGACAUAUCGCGCAUCCUUAAGUGUAAUUUUUUAGAACAAUUUUAUUUUGUUAGAAAUCAGGAAAAUGUCGCGCAUUUCGUACGUACUCGUUAUACUGGCCUGCUUAAAUGGCUGGUGCGCUGCAAGUUUUCAACUGAAAGUCGAUAUGCCAAAGUUGCCUAAUAUCACGCCAUUGACUGCUCUACCGCCUGGUAUACCUACUUGCGUUGGCACUAAUUCAGAUCUCAAUGCAUGCAUUAAGAAUGGACUGAAAGAGAUAAAACCACGUCUUAAGAGUGGCAUUCCUGAAUUAAGUAUACCACCCCUGGAUCCCUUGGUCUUAGGAAGCCACAAGGUGGAAAUGACUGACGAUUUCGCAAAAGGCUACUUGAACGUACACAAUCUGAUCAUAAAGGGCAUAAGUGAGAGCACCGUGGAUACGCUAAAUCUUGAAAUGCAAGGCGAUCACGUGAAGUUGCAAGUGACUACGAAAACACCAAGCAUUGAGAAACAAGGCGCUUUCCAAGGCGAAUUGACGGCAGAAGGUUUGAAUCUGAAACCUGAGGGGCAAUUCACUAGCAAAUUGACUGAUUUGCAGCUGGACAUCGAGGCAGAAGGUGAUCUCACAGAGCGUGAAGGUCAUAAAUACUUGCAGUUGAAGUCAUUCAAUGUUAUACCGCAAAUCGGUGAUUUGGAAUUCAAUGCCGACAAUAUAGUACCAGAUAAAGGCUUAAAUACAGUUAUUUUGGCUGUUAUAAAUUCACAUUGGCCUACAUUCUAUAAAUUACUGGUAAAAGAAACGCGCACAACUUGGGAACCCAUUGUUUUGUUCGUAGCUAAUGCAUAUUUGACCGCUGUGCCAUUUGACUUGUUCAUUGAUGCGCCUUAAGAGAGUACCUUACUAAAGCACAUAUUGGUAUAUAAUGCUUUUAUAAAUAUUCUAUAUGUAUUUAAUCGAAAUGAAUGUAAACGUUGUUAAUAAAGGAGUUCUGCAAUAAUAAA